AUGGAUUCGGCAGCAAUUCAUACGACCCACUACCUACAGACUGUAGGUCCUCCUAAGGGUCUUGGAGUCCAUCCGUGGAAGCUAUCUUCAAAUCACAUCCUUAGAAUCUUUUCUAAGGACAGGACCUACGGUCUGGAGACCAUUGUAUGGUCCAUUCUUCUCACUCGUAGUCCAAGUACUGGAACUCAAUUCUCUGAUGUCUUCUACGGGCCUAGACCUACGACUCGUAGAAAGUCCUACGGCUUGUGCUCUUCUCUCAUUGCUCCACACUUGUCUUCAAAAUAUGUUGAUCCUUUCAACGAGUUCUCCUUAUGGUUCAUAGAAGUUUCUACGGCUCUACCAGAAAUUCCACAAUCUGGGAUGCCAUCAGGUCAUGAAGUGCAUCAUUACUUAGAAAGGAAUGAUGAUCAUAAAGGAGCUCAAGUAGUGGACACAGAAUCAAUUGGAUUAGCAUAUGAUCGUGGUGUAGCUCAAGUAAUGGACAUACAUGCAAUCAAAUCAGCAUACGAUUGUUAUCUCCAGAGUUUGGUAAUCACUGAAACUGACACUGCUUCUACAUUUUACCGUGGGCCAGAGCUAGCUAGAGCAGGUGGUGGUGGUAUACCUUUCCUUCAUGUUCGUGAUCCCCUUCCAUCAGCUCGUGGGCCAGAGCUAGCACAAAAUGGAACGCGAAGGCCUCGUGAAACACUACCUCUCCCUCCUGGUGCUUCUAACACCCUCUACAUAAAGGGACUUCCUUCAUACAGCUCAAGAAGAGAAGUAGCUCAUAUUCUUCGUUAUUUUGUGGGCUACAAAGAAGUCAGACUUGUUAGAAGGGACUCAAAACAUCAUGCCGGAGAUCCUCUUAUCCUUGGCUUUGUGGAUUUCGUAGAUCCAGCGUGUGCAUCUACUGCCCUGAGUGCAUUGCAAGGUUACAAAAUUGAUGAACAUGACCAUGAUUCUGCCUACUUGCAGUUGCAGUUCUCCAAGUUUCCAGGUUCGAGGUUUGGUGGCUCAGGAAGUACUUGUGGGAAGCGAUAA